UGACGCGGGGUAUAAAAGGGGCGGUGCAGCGCCGGCGGCCCCAUUGUUGUCGGCGAGCGGGCGGGGGGCGGGUCGGGUCCUGCCCCAGCGCUCCCGGCCCCGCCCCGCCCGGGGGACCCGGUUUCCCUCGGUCUCAUCUUCAGAGUCUCCUUUGGUGGCCCCUUUAGGAUCUUCCUCACCCUCGGGGUCGUCCUCCUCAUCGUCCAGGUCUCCUCUGGCCUCGCCUCGGGGUCUCUGGACCCCCCUCCGCCCCAGUUCUGCUCCCGCUUGGCUGGUUUGGGACCCACUUGACCCCCCGGGAGCUCGAGCGGCUCCGGGGACAAUUUGGGACAGCGAUUGGGGGUUGGCGACACCCGGACCCAUCACUUUGGUGGUUUGUGUGAGCGGAGGCUCCAGCGCCGGCCAGGGCACCCGUACCCCAGAUUCAUUAAUUAACCACGUUCGUUAGCGGCCACGUGGACCCAAAUCUUCUGCCAUUUGUCCUAAAAACGGUGCUGGGGGGGCAGGUGCGUCCCGGUCUGGACGGGGAGCGACCGGGCGCAGCCCCCGGGGCACCCGCUGCCCCUCCAGACGCACGGCCCGCUUUGUAAUUAAUUUGCGGCUAAUUAGUAAUGUGUGACCCCCCGUCCCCCCGCGCAGCCGUCCCCCCCGUCCCCCCCGUCCCCCCGUCCCGGAGACGAAUUGACGCUGCUUUUUGGCUCCUGGAUUCCCGAUUCCGCCCCAAUUUCUGCCCCUGGAUCGGCCGGUUUUCCCGGAUCCUCGUUAAAUUCCGCCGUAAUUAUCGAACGGGAAAUUAACAUUUUCCCACCCGUUUUCCCAGUGGGUGGUGGGGGAACCACCCCGGGGCAGCACCACUGGGGUUUAAUCCCAUUGGAUCCGAUUUUCACCCCAUUUUUCCCCAUUUCAUCCCAAUUUGAUCCCAUUUUUAUCCCUUUUCCCCACUUGAUCCCGUUUGACCCCAAACCCGCGAGGCCGCAGCUGAGUCACCGUCGGACCCGCCGCUGAUUAAUUACUUAACGAGGGGGGCAGAGGGGAGCUGGGGGUGCGGAGAAGCCCCGUUUUGGGUGGAUUUCUCGCAGAAACGGGCCGUUUUCCUGCAGAACUCGCCGCCGCCGCCCGGGAGACGCCAAACGGGGGGAAAACGGCUCUUUCGCCCGAUUCUUCAUCCCGGUUUUAUCCCGAUCUCGCCUUCAGCCCCCGAUACCGACCCGGGCUCCCCCCUCCAUAAAUACUCUGAUUUAAUGCCCGUUUUGCGUCGCGUUCCCGCCCUCGUCGCCCCCAAACGGCCGUUUUUGGGGAGCGGGGGGGUCGUGGCGCGUCCCGCCUGUCCUGCCCCGUUUCCCCGAUCGGCCCCGAACCCGCGGGGCCCCAAAUGCUCCUUUUUUCGCCCGUUUUCCGAAGGCGGUUGGUGCGUUGCCAUGGGAACGGGGGGGGCCCGGGGAGUGCAGAGCUGAGGCUAAACCCGGGGGUUCUGGGGCGUUCUGGGGGUUCCUGCUCCGGGACAGCGAUGGGAGGUCCCAGCGAGCCCCUGUUCGUGUUCGUUCUCCCCUCCCUACGGCUGGAAAAAGGAAUUUCGGUCUGUCGGGGGCAAAGGAGCCGCUUUUAAGUUUAUUGAGGGGGUAAAAAAGCCGAUUUCACGUUCACUGGGGGAGGGAAAAGGUGCCCCCGGCCCCCCCAUGCGGAGCCGAUGGCCGCGCCCGGCGGCGCCAAGAGGAAAUUCGAGGAGGGGGACGUGGGGUCCCCGGGUCCCCGCUCGGACGACGAGAUCUCCAGCAGCGACAGCGGGGACAGCUGCGACAGCGUCACCCCCGCCAGCGCCGGCCGCACGCCGCCGUCCAUCCUGCGCCGGCAGAAGCCGCGGCGGCGCAAGAGCGUGCGCUUCGACCAGGUGACGGUGUACUACUUUGCGCGGCGGCAGGGCUUCACCAGCGUGCCCAGCCAGGGCGGCAGCUCGCUGGGCAUGGCGCCGCGCCACGACGCCGUGCGGCGCUACACGCUGGGCGAGUUCGCGCAGGAGCAGCAGGUCAACCACCGCCAGAUCCUGCGCCAGCACCUCCGCCAGGAGAAGCUGCACGCCAAGAAGAUGAAGCUCACCAAGAACGGGACGGUGGAGUCGGAGGAGGCGGAGGGGCUGACGCUGGAGGACGUGUCGGACGACGACAUCGACGUGGAGAACGUGGAGGUGGACGACUACUUCUUCCUGCAGCCGCUGCCCACCAAGCGGCGCCGGGCGCUGCUCCGCGCCUCGGGCGUGCACCGCAUCGACGCCGAGGAGAAGCAGGAGCUGCGCGCCAUCCGGCUCUCGCGCGAGGAGUGCGGCUGCGACUGCCGCCUCUACUGCGACCCCGAGUCCUGCGCCUGCAGCCAGGCCGGGAUCAAGUGCCAGGUCGACCGCAUGUCCUUCCCCUGCGGCUGCUCCCGCGACGGCUGCGGCAACAUGUCCGGCCGCAUCGAGUUCAACCCGCUCCGCGUGCGGACUCAUUAUCUCCACACCAUCAUGAAGCUGGAGCUGGAGAACAAGCGCCAGGGCGGGCGCGCGCCCGGCGAGGAGCCUGACGCCGGCGCCCACGGCUCUGCCGGCGAGUGGCCGGUGCCGCCGGCCCCGGAGACCCAGGACUUCCAGGAGUUCAUGGCGGAGAACGAGUCGGCCGUGCUGCACCUGCAGAGCGCCGAGGAGCUGGAGAGGCUGAAGGCCGAGGAAGACUCGGGCGACGCUCCCGGCGCCGCCGAUCUGGGCGUUUGCAUCGUGGAGGAGGCGCCGGGGGGGCUGUGCCCGCCGCUGGCCGCCCCCAUCCUCAUCCAGGCGCCGUUUCCCCCCGGAUCCUCCGUCCUCUGCUUCGCCGAGGGCGACCGGCCCUUCUCGGACGCUGCGUCGCUGCUCUACUACCCGGUGGGGGCCAAGGGCGACGGCGGCGCCGCGGAGCCCCCCCCGCCCUCCUCCCCCUCCUCCUCCUCCUCCUCCUCCCUGGGGGAGCAGGACCCCGCUGGGACCAAGGCAGAAACGGCCCAGAGCGGCCCCCCCGGCGCGGCCCCCCCGGCGCCCUGAGCCGCCCGUGUCCCCCCACGCUCCGUUAUUUAUUGACUAGAGAAUAUUUUACAGACCGGGGGGGGCGGCCGCGGGGGGGUAUUUAAUCACGGGGGGGUAUUUAAUCGCGGGGGUUAUUUAAUUAAUCACAUGGGGUUAUUUAACGGGGGGGGGCUGCGUGCGCAGAGGUUUUGCGGCCGCCCCCCCGCCCCGCCCCCCCCCGCCGGGCCCCUCUGUCCUCGUUGUGUUUUUAAUGAAAAGAACACGUUUUCCUCUCCAUUUUCCGUUGGUGAAUGUUUACGGGGCCGCGUCCCAACGUGGGGGGGGGGGGGGCGGCCCAGAGACCCCCCCGGGACCCGGCCCAGAGACCCCCCCCCCGGACCCGGGUUUUGGGGUGGAAGCCGCCGGGUCGCCCCGUUCGCUGCCCCUCGGCCCGCGGGGGGGUCGCUGCUCCCGAGGGGCUUUGGGGGAACCCCCCCCGGACCAAGUGCUCCAGCGCUUUUACUUUGGGGGGGUCGUUGGGAUUUCGGGCUCUUGUGCCCCCCCCCCCCCCACCCCAAAGUGUUUAAAUCCCUUUUUGCGGCUCCAGCGCAGCCUUAACCCCCCCCCCCCCCGUCCCCUGCACGGGGACGUUGUCCCCCCCGGGGGGGGCCGGUUCCAGCCCUGGGGGGCCACAUCACCCCCCACAUCCCUGGGGGCCACAAGGGCUAAAUUAGGGAGGAAUUAGUUAAUUAAGCCUUAUCCCUUGUAGCUUCUUCACCACGAUGUCCCUAUGGGGGGGGGACACACGCGUCGCCCCGUUUGCCGGGGGGGGUUGGGGGGUCAAUCAGCUCCUGGCGCCGCUCGAGUGGAUCAAAACCUUGAUUUUUCCCCUUUUUUUGGGGUUUUGUGGCCCCCCCGGCCCCCCCAGCUCACGACUUGGGGGGGGGGGGGGGGCGCUCAUUAGGCCACUAAUUACUCACUUAAUUAGGCAGCUCAGGGGCUCUGUGGCCCCCCCAGAAUAAACCCAAAUCAAUCCGGACGGGGUUUAUUGUUCGUGGUGCGAUGAGGUUGCCGCCUUCUCUUCUAAUUAUUAAUUAACGGGGUGGGGGGCGGUUAAUGGACUCGCUGCUCGUGUCACCCCCCCCGCCCCCCCCCCCCCACUAAAGUGGCUUUUUUUAACGUUUAUUUUCCGUUUUCCGUGUGGAUCCAAAGCUGCUCCAAAUGUCUUUAUUGCCCCCCCCGCCCCCCCGGCCUCUUCCGUCCUCCCGCUGGUGAUAUCGCUGUAUUUAAAGAGAAAUAUUUAAGUGUAAAAAUAAAAGAAACGCUCAAAGUUG